GAGCGAGAGAGCAUCAGCUGGGCUGGAUGUGAAUGUGAGAGAGAGCGAGAGCGAGAGUCCCAGUCUCUCUCAUUCAUUCAUUUGGACUUUCAUCAGUUUUCUCUGUGCUCCAGAAAAGCUGCAUUCAUGAAUCCGUUUGAUUAGCGACAUUUUUUCUUUCUCCCUCUCGUUCGGUCUCCUUCAGAUGAAACCAGAAUGGACCAUGAUCGAGGGAUGGGCAAUAGUCGCUACCGCUAUGAAGAGGAGGAAGAUCAGCAGUCUAUUUAUAUCGGCGUGCCGGUGCCGCGGGGAUACCGGCGUAAGCGCAGGCGGAGGCGUUCCUCCAUGUCCAGCCGGGACGCGACCGACGUGGAGCGAGGUUUACGCCACGACCACCACCGACACGAGCACUACGACUGUGACGACAGGGACCGCUACGAGCUGGAGACCGGAAGCCUCAACCAGCCGGACCACGGCCUUCCACCUGAAAUCAGCAGAACCAUGUCCCCAGCGGCGGAGCGACUGCGGUAUAUUUUAGGUGACGAUGAAGACGCCAUGCCCACGCCCACCCUCUUUACAGAGAUGGACACACUCCAGCAUGAAGGGGAGGAGCUGGAGUGGAGAGAAUCAGCCAGGUGGGUGAAGUUUGAGGAGAAGGUGGAGGAGGGCGGAGAGCGCUGGAGCAAGCCCCACGUCUCCACCCUGUCCCUGCACAGCCUGUUCGAGCUGAGGACCUGCCUGCAGACCGGCGUGGUGCUGCUGGACCUGGAGGGCUACUCACUCCCACAGAUAGUAGAUGACAUCAUCGAGCGUCAGAUCGAGGAGGGCAUGAUUGGUCCAGAGCUGAGGGAUAAGAUCAGCUUCGUGUUGCUGAGGAAACACCGGCACCAGACCAAGAAACCCAUCCACCGCUCGCUGGCCGACAUGGGCAAGGGCAGCUCCGCCCCCCCUCGGAGUCCCUCUCGCAGUCCUGCAGCAGCUUCUGCCUUUAACCGCUCUACAGAGGACCUGCGCAGUAAACAGGGCGGCAGCUACGGGCGACUGCGUCACGCCCAAAGCAGAAGUAUGAACGACAUUGCAGACACACCGAGCACAGACCAGUUGAAGAACAAGUUUAUGAAGAAGAUUCCGAGAGACGCUGAGGCCUCUAACGUGCUGGUGGGGGAGGUGGACUUCCUGCACAAACCCUUCGUAGCCUUUGUACGCCUUGCCCAGGCCACCACACUGGGAGGCCUGACUGAGGUCCCAGUGCCCACCAGAUUCUUAUUUGUGCUGCUGGGUCCCCCUGGCAAAACCAAGUCCUACAACGAGAUCGGCCGGGCCAUUGCUACGCUUAUGGUGGAUGAUCUGUUUAGUGACGUAGCUUACAAGGCCAGAGAUCGGGAAGACCUCAUUGCGGGCAUCGACGAGUUCCUGGAUGAGGUAAUCGUACUUCCGCCGGGAGAAUGGGACCCCAAAAUUCGAAUCGAGCCCCCCAAGAAAGUGCCCUCCGCAGACAAAAGGAAGUCGGUCUUCUCUCUGAAUGAGCUGGGUCAGAUGAACGGCUCUGUGGGUGGAGGCGGUGGCGUGAGCGAUGAUGAGGAGAUGCCGGUGCCCCAUGAACUUGGAGAGGAGCUGGCAUAUACCAGCAGGUUUUGUGGAGGCCUGUUUUUAGACAUCAAGCGAAAGCUGCCCUGGUACCCCAGUGACUUUUACGAGGGCUUCCACAUCCAGUCCAUCUCGGCCGUGCUCUUCAUCUACCUGGGCUGCAUCACCAACGCCAUCACCUUCGGGGGGCUCCUGGGGGAUGCCACAGACAAUUACCAGGGAGUGAUGGAGAGUUUCCUGGGAACAGCGCUGGCGGGGACGGUCUUCUGCCUGUUCAGUGGACAGCCCCUCAUCAUCCUCAGCUCCACCGGGCCCAUCCUCAUCUUUGAGAAGCUUCUGUAUGAAUUCAGCAAGAGCAACAGCAUCGACUACAUGGAGCUGCGGCUGUGGAUCGGCAUGCACUCGUGCGCGCAGUGCCUGUUACUGGUGGCCACGGACGCCAGCUACAUCAUAAAGUACAUGACCCGCUUCACAGAGGAGGGCUUCUCCAGCCUCAUCUCCUUCAUCUUCAUCUCAGACGCCAUCAAGAAAAUGGUGGGCUCCUUCAAGUACUAUCCCAUCAACACGGACUUCAAACCCGACUACGUCACCGCCUACAAGUGUGAAUGCAUCGCCCCCGACCCAAUUCCAGUGCCGGAUAACACUUCUGCUCUCUUUGGUAUGAAUAUAACAGCUCUGGACUGGACGCAGCUCAGUAAGAAAGAGUGUGUGAAGUACGGCGGCUCUCUGGUGGGGAAGUCCUGUAAAUUCGUGCCUGAUCUGGCCCUCAUGUCCUUCAUCCUGUUCUUCGGCACUUACUCCAUGACCGUCUCGCUGAAGAAGUUCAAGUUCAGCCGCUACUUUCCUACAAAGCUGCGGAAGCUCAUCAGCGACUUCUCCAUUUUCAUGUCCAUCAUGACGUUCGUGGGUCUGGACAUGCUGAUUGGCCUGAAAACACCCAAACUCAUUGUUCCCACUGAGUUUAAGCCCACCCGUCCGGACCGGGGCUGGAUUGUGAUGCCGUUUGGGAAGAACCCGUGGUGGGUGUAUCUAGCCAGCUCCGUCCCUGCUCUCCUCGUCACCAUCCUCAUCUUCAUGGACCAGCAGAUCAGCGCUGUCAUCGUCAACAGGAAGGAGAACAAGCUAAAGAAAGGGUGUGGUUAUCACCUGGACCUGUUCUGGGUGGGGAUCCUGAUGGCCACCUGCUCCUUCAUGGGGCUUCCGUGGUACGUAGCGGCUACGGUCAUCUCCAUCGCCCACAUCGACUCCCUGAAGAUGGAGAGCGAGUCCAGUGCUCCGGGAGAGCAGCCCCAGUUCCUGGGUGUGAGGGAACAGCGGAUAACAGGGAUCCUGGUGUUCGUGCUGACCGGAGUCUCCAUCUUCCUGGCCCCCAUCCUGCAGUUUAUUCCCAUGCCUGUGCUGUACGGUGUGUUUCUCUACAUGGGCGUGGCAUCUCUCAGUGGGAUCCAGUUCUGGGACAGGAUCAAGUUGUUCAUGAUGCCAGCAAAGCACCAGCCCGACCUCACGUACCUGCGACACGUGCCACUCCGGAGGGUCCACCUCUUUACUCUCCUGCAGAUUAUCUGCCUUGCUGUCCUCUGGACCCUCAAGUCCACCUUCCUCGCCAUCAUCUUCCCUGUCAUGAUUCUGGGCCUGAUGCUGGUCCGGAAGAUGCUGGACAUGGUCUUCUCCCAGCACGACCUGGCCUGGCUCGAUGACCUCCUGCCCGAGAAAGAGAAAAAGAAGAAAGACGACGAGAAGAAGAACAGCAGCAGCAGCAGCAGCAGCAAGAAGGACAAGAAGAAGGGCAGAGUGGGAGACGACAGUGAGGAAGAUGAGAAGUACCACCCGUACUCGAACUGCUCGGUGGGCGAGACGGACCUGGACCGCAGCAUCACCCUGCACCUGAAGAUCUCGUGUCCAUCAUCUCCGGCGAUGACCGUCGCCCGAGGCAUGUCCUGCCCGGUCCCGCAGGUCAAGAUCGAGAUGGAGUCGGACUACGAGGACACGGACAUGGACCACCGGGACCGGCACCGCGACAUGAGCAGCGAGACGACUCUCUAGAGACGCAGUGGACGCUAAGUGAAGUGGACGAUGGACGCUGCAAAUGCACAACAUUACAGUUCACUUUGCGUCAAUGAACCACCGUAUCUGAACUCACGUUGAAGUGGCGAAGAACCGGCAAAGAAUUCUCAUUGGACAGAAGACUGCUGGAUCGCCGAGUACAGAACCUCGUACAGAACCUCGUACAGAACCUCGUACCUUUGUGCACUUGCUAGCUCCAGAUUUUGUCUUUAGGCCCCAACUCAAACCAGCAAAACUACGAAACUCGAAUUUGAUGAAGAAUGAUACAAGCAAAAAAGAGAAACGAGGAUGAAGCACUAUUUUCUUACUUUAAAUCAAAGUAUAUUUUAGGUAAUGUAUUUAUAUUGAUGUGCAUGUAGAGGCUAUAUUGUGUGAAACCAAGGACAAUUUCCCCCUGUGGCUCCACCUACCCACUUAACUCCGCCUUUCCUAGUUGAACCUAGUUAAAAAUCCAAUGCAGUUGAAUGAGGGGAAAAGAAACAACCAAAAACACAAAGAAAAAAAAGUACCUUUGAAAUGUCUCUUCAGUCCUACACUACUUGAAUCUACUCUUUGGAUGGUGAUGACUGUUUGAUUUGAUUGCUUACUGUGUGCUUGUGGCUUGUGACUGUGACAUAAUGUGGUGUAUGAGGUGUUAGUGUGUGUUUAAACACCUCAGUGUCACUACCGGACUAAGAAUGUGUUCAAAACCUCCAGCAGCACUGCUGUAUCUGAUCCUCUGAUCCUUGAGCAGCUCAACACACACUAACACCUCAUACACCACCACCAUACUAAUCACUGCAUUGCUGAGAAUAAUGAUCCACCACCCAAAUAAUAAUAAUAAUUAAAAAAAAUAAUUAAAAAAGGAAAUAAUAAUAAUAAUAGCUGCACUCUGAUGGUCAAUCCUGACCAUUAAGGAGGAUAUUGCAGCCACCAAGUGGGAAAAUUAAAUCAUAUAGAGCAGGGGUGUCCAAACUACGGCCUGCGGGCCAUUUCCUUUUUUGGAGCGGCCCGCGAGGUAUUUUAGAAAUAGAAUGAAAGUUGGCCCGCUGUUAAGCAGGUUUUUAUAAUGUGAGAUUCAAAGUUUGAACGCUAGGUGUCAGAAACGGGCCAAAGAGUCGGAGAGGGUGCGCAUUUCUAGCGCAGAAAAACGGGACAAAGAGUCUAAAAGCAGAGAGAGUGCGCAUUUCUAGCGCAGAAAAACGGGACAAAGAGUCUAAAAGCAGAGAGAGUGCGCAUUUCUAGCGCAGGAAAACGGGCCAAAGAGUCUAAAAGCGGAGAGAGUGCGCAUUUCUAGCGCAGAAAAACGGGGCAAAGAGUCUAAAAGCGGAGAGAGUGCGCAUUUGUAGCGCAGAAAAACGGGGCAAAGAGUCUAAAAGCGGAGAGGGUGCGCAUUUCUAGCACAGAAAAACGGGCCAAAGAGUCUAAAAGUUGCCAUAAUUAAGGAGUUUUAUAUUAAGAGACAUCAUGAAAUUAAACAUCAUUUUGAAAAAUCUUAGUUUACACAACACUGUCAAAGAUAAAGAUAGUAAGUAAAAUGGUGUGUAAAUGAAAUAAUCAGGAAAAUGUAUUAUUUAAAGUGGUAUAUUUUAAUGAUUUGUUUUAUUACAGAGUCUGUGGCCCGUGACUUCAAAUAUAUUUCUUCUUCUGGCCCCCAACAAAAAAAGUUUGGACACCCCUGAUAUAGAGUUAUAGCAGUGAAUUCUGUCACUUACGCUGUGUGCCCAGCUAACAACUUUUGGUUCUUAGAAUGUUUAAUCUGUCAAUCAAGUUUUCUGGAUAAUCUUAGACAGUUUUUAUUUAAUUUAUUUUUUAACUUGUGGUAACAUCACUUAAAUGUCACUUGUCAGUUUUAGUUAUGGGAAUUAGCAUUAGCAUUAGCAUGGUGUCAGAUGCCCUUUGGUAAUUCAUGGCAAUUCAAUCAAUCAUACUGAGAUACUGAUUUGAGGAAAGUUAUUAAAGUCAUUGACCAUUUCUCUAAAUUUGAGACUAAGUAGAUAAAAGUUUUAAGGUUUAAUUAAGUGGAUUUUAAAAUAGCAACAUGUACAAAAAAACUGCUGUCGAAAUUGACGUGUACAAACAUGAAGGAUAAAAAUGCAUGUUCUACUGUUUAACAACCUAAAAUAUCCAUACUACAUUUUCCCCCUGUGUUAGAUUUGUGCCCUGCUACACCUUUUCCCUACCAAAAGUUUGGACACACCAAAUGUACCUUUGAAUGUACCUUUUUCCACAGUCUUAUACUCUUUAACAUCAUGGUGCUUCAAAGAGUUUGUUGAUAAAACUUCAGAUUGUCCACCAAUGUGCACCUACAGUAUUUUUCGGAGUUUGGAGCACUUAAAAUCCUUUCAUUUUCCCAAAAAUCAUCAGGGCACCUUAUGUAUGAAUUCUACCAGUCAGGUAUUAAGGAGCAGUAAAGCCACUCUGCUGCAGUACAGCGUUAUAAGCAUUAGCAUUAGCAUUAGCUGCAAACAAGCUAUAUGGGACAAACCGCUAGCUGAUAGCGCCCUGGGUUACUGGAACACUCAGGGCUCCUCAUUGUAGCGCUAUUGAGCAGCAUUUACAUCCCACUAGCGCUGCAGUUAGCGGCUAAUGCUAAUCCUGCUGCACACAGCCUUAGUGCUGGAGAAACUUUACUGAAACUCGCCCUCAGACAAUAUAUUGGAAAUCUAAGCUUACUGUAAAUAAACAGAGGCACUUUACUCACCCAAAUAAACAGGAGUUUUUUUAGGAGAUAAAUCUUUGUAGAUUAACACCCAGUACUUGUUUGACUUAAAAAAAAAAUGUAUUUUUAAGAAUUACAGUUUUGUUUGUUUCCCCAUUAGAAGUGAAACAUGGUGACACCCGUGCUCACUUCAAUGUAGGCAUCUUUACUAGUGUCACUUAAUGCGCCUUAUAAUUCGGUGCACCUUUAUAGUCCAAAAAUUAGUGUAAUUCUGGUACUUUCAGUGCAUUUUCACCAACAAAAAUAGAUUCCGAAACUAAAACUGGCGGAAAUGUGGGUUCGAUUCACUUAAAAAGCAACUUAUAUUUAUUAUAAGUCUGAACUUAUUAUAAGUCUAUAAGUUCCAGAACCAGUUCCAGUUCCAAAAUUGGUAAAAAAGGGCUACAUGAGUAAUGCCAUCCAAGAAACAUGUGUAGCUCCAGUCUUAGCUAUUUUUAUUACCAUUUUACCCCAUUUUCUACCCAAUUUGGAAGACCAGUUACCCAAUUCUCAUUUAUAUGAGCUCCUCCUUUCACUCCUAACAGUUAGACUCCGCCUCUUUUUCAACUGGCACCAAUCAGUGCAGCUUCACUGGGAAACCAACACACCAAAUCCCAGCUCUGAUACAUCGACCCACCCAAAGAGAGAGAGCAUGGCUCUUAAUUGUGCUCUCUCUGACUCUGGCUGCUGAGGGUGAAGCAUUAUGAGCCAAAAAUGACCCAAAAAUGGUCCAAAAUGGUCCAAAUUCUUAAUAUAUCAAACAAAAAAAGAUAUAUAUUUUAUGGCACAACUCAACAAAUCCAUGCACCUUGAUGAUGGAUCUAAAGGCAGAUUUUAUUUUGUCUAAGAGUGAAUUUUUUUUUAAUAAUACCAAUGUAUGUGUAUGAAUUUGUUUAAAUAUUAUUUUAACCCCUGCCCCAACAAUCAGUAUUACUUCAUAAAGAAUUCUAGUGAGAUUUGUCUAGUGAGAAAAUACCAUAAAUACCAAAUUUCCCCUUACAAAUCAUGGUGUAUUUGCAAGUAAAACACUGUUUCUUUGAGAUAACUAAAUACUGUAGGUGGGGUUGGAGAAAGAUAAUAAUAUUAUUGGUUGAUUUUAUUUUGCCCCACCCACUAGUGAAAGGUGUAAAAGGUGAUGUCACUAAAAAAUCAAAUGUGAUUUUAAUUUUAUGUGAUCCUUUUAAUAUGAAGCAGUAGGCCAUUUUAUUUUUAUUUUAAUUUUUUUACUUAUUCUUAAAAAAUGUUUAAUGCUCAUUAAUAAAUUAAUUUAGUUAGUUUAGUUACGAGUGCCCUCGUUAAUGUAUUUGAGCCAAUCAGGUGUGUUAAUUGUCGGAUGGGUUUAAAUUAUCCGGUUAAAAUAUUAAUAUUUAUGAUUUUUUUUUAUUAGUAUAGUUUUUAUCCAUGUUUUUUUGCAAUGUUGAUGCAUUUUAUUGCAAUAUUAUACUGUAAUUUUUGCCAUAUAUUAUAUGUAGCAGAGAAGUAGGUGUGUCCAAACUUUUGGCUUGAUGUCUCAGUGGGUUAUAAGACUUAAUAUGCUAUGUUUUAUUGUACAUCUGCUUUUGUUUUGGGGUUUUUGUAUAUAUUAAGUGUUUUGCUCUGUAUCUGUAAUCAAUACUUUUGUCAUUGUAUGAAUGAUUAUGGACGCAGCAUUUAACGAAUAUGUUUAUUACAAU